AUGUUGCCUUUACACUACUUCAUCUUCACCCUCCUCACCAUCUUGGGCUUCACAAGUACAAGCGUUUGUCUACCUACACAAACACUAGAAGCUCAACCCGCACCAACACUAUCGCACUCUCUCCCAGAUACAACGAGCAUGCCUGAUUCUCUGGAAGAAAGACAGGAGAGAAACAACGCCAACCCGUCUGUCUUUAACCCUCCCGUCACCGCGGCGCCUGAUCAAGCGGAGAAGUUGGCGAGUAUGGGUUGGAGACAGACGACUUACUACGAGUGCAAGACCAGAGACGGAAAGGAGCGCUGCGGGUGGCAUAUCCCUGUUUACAAGGCCGCUGCCCAAGGUCGAAGAGGGGAGAUUGUGGGGUGGAAGGUUGUUGUUGGGAUUGCUUUGGGAUUGGCUAUGCUGUUGUAUGGAGGAUGGUGUGUAUUGAGCAAGAAAGGUGAAAGCGUAGCAGCCUUCAAUCCUCCUCGUCGAGUCCAGAUAACCCCCGCGUCCGCCAGCAAGUCCCUGUACCCUAUGCCAAAGCCGACGCCAACGACGAGGAUGGACCGUAAAUGUGACCACCGAAUGCAAGCAGCGGCCACAGACAUAACUGCGGCCGCUUCUCCCCAACCAGCCCGAGGAUAUACACAAGCCAUUUAG